UUUCGCCAGUUUUCCGGGGCAUGUGUUCUCAAUUUGUGAUGACCAUGUUCCGAGUUCUGCGGAGUAUAGCCAUGUGGGUUAUCUGAAAGAGAGUAUGGUCGCUCUGCAGAGCUUGGAAAAGGUCGCCGCGACUUCCGGGGCGAUGAAGAAAGAAGGAAACGGAGAAGCAUCACCUGACGGCACAGCUCGAUCUACCAGCAGCGCUGCUAUGACCACCGAGAGGAUUACCAAGGCGCUGAAUGAUGGCUACAAUGCGGCUGGCCGCGGAAAAGGAAGCGCCCUGCUUUUUCGAAAUACGCAGUUUGUGUUUGCCGCGGAAUUUCUCGAGCGCAGGAACUUUCUCAAUCUAAAGAAGUAUCUGGAAAGAAGUACGGGGCUGUCGGCAGAUGGAGAUGAGCAAUCGAAAUCCUGGGCCUGGCAUGUGGCCUCCAGAAGGCAGGGCCAUCAGCUGAUGCAGAUCCGAGCAGACGAGCCAAGUCGCUGCGUGUACACAUGGAAACGGCUGCGAACGUCGGGUCGAGUAGUUCCUGUAAAAUUGAAGUGCGGUGGGGGACGAGAUGCUGUGCUUCCGGGACAUGGCGCUUCCUCGAAGGAUGUUGCCUUACAGCGCUUCACCCUUUUCGAUGCGCUCCAAUGGGUAUCCAACGCCCCUGAAUCGCGCCACUGUAAGAGGCGGAUGCUCAUAAGUCCGCAGUGUCGAAACUGCAUUGCAACCGAGGUUUCUCAUGUUGCCCGUUUGCACCGACAGCAGCACGGCCAGAAUCAAGUGGGGGAGGCGAUGGCCUUACUUAGGCAGCGUUCCUUUGAUAAUUUUUUCGACAGGAGCAGAAGAACAAGCGACGAGGACACCGCUACAAGUAUGAGCAUGUCUAGUAGAGAAAUGGACACUGUGGGUUCUGGUUCUGCUGCUCGUGAAGGGGAUUUUGGGCAGAACAAAAGAAGGGCAGCGACUAGGCAAUUAGCAACCGGGCUGGUAGAGCUGUUUGCCACGCUGGGUCAUCGUGUUAGAGGCACCAUGAAUUGCAUGGAAGCGUCAAAAGCCUUCCAUCUGUUCCGCGCGGAUGUGAGAAGCGAACAGAUCCGGAGACACAUGACUUUUGAGGCGCUAGCUGUGAAGCGCGAGGCGAUUGAUGCGAUCCUUUCCGCGGCCGAUACCGUUUAUAUUUUUUGCCAGCAGGAAAUGGAAAACGAAGAUAGCUCGAAACUGGUGGAGAUCCGAGCCGCCUUGCAAUCAGCAUUCGAAAAGGACUGGGAGCUGCUGCAAAGCAUUCCACCCUUUGAAGAUACAAGAUAGUACAGGUGAAGAGUAAAAGAG